UCUUUGCUUUCUUUGUAGCGCAAACUUAAAAAAUUUAUCAAGAUGACUGGUCGCGGAAAGGGUGGCAAAGGAUUAGGAAAGGGAGGCGCCAAGCGUCAUCGUAAGGUUCUGCGUGAUAACAUCCAGGGUAUUACCAAGCCGGCUAUUCGCCGUCUGGCUCGUCGUGGUGGCGUCAAACGUAUCUCUGGUUUGAUUUAUGAAGAAACCCGUGGUGUGCUUAAGGUAUUUUUGGAAAACGUUAUUCGUGAUGCCGUUACUUACACUGAGCACGCCAAGCGUAAGACCGUCACUGCUAUGGACGUGGUCUACGCCUUGAAGCGUCAAGGACGUACUCUCUACGGUUUUGGAGGUUAAACUGUAUCGUCCAAGUUGAAAACGAAUAAAGUAAUUGUGACGCAUAUGAUUGGAAAUAAUCGGUAUAUUUACUAUUGUAACACAACAACGUAUUUAAUCCUCUCGAUCUACUUAAUCUUGAAUAUUUGAGAAACACUAAGCAGUAGCAAUUACAAAAUGUAUUGACAA